GCGGUAACCAAGGGAACCAAAGCGGAAGCUUCAGGCGGCAGUGGCAGCAGCUGCUGCAACAAGGGUCGCCGGGUGAGUUGUAGUAUUAAGGAGGACACACAGUAAAUGAAGAGUGAAAGGUCUUGGGAGUAGAGCCGGGCGAUGAGCUGUAUCUGGGUGGUGCAGACCGUGGAGCAGUAGAAGUUUUCUGAAGCUCUGAUAGUCUUAAGACAACAUUAAGAGACAAAUAAUCAUGAACACCAAAGAUUUUGUAGUUAUUCCCUGGGGAAAACCUGGAAAUUCUGUAAAACUAAAAUAUAAAAAUGCUCAGGAACUGCAAAUGGAGAAAAUUCAGCUAGAACUGGAGAACCAGAAGAUGGAAAAGAAAUUUCGAGAAUUCCAAUCUACAUGGAACAAGAGAAAGGAAGAAGUUAAGUCAAGUGGAUAUCACUGGAAAUCUGGAAGUGUCGGCAAAUUGAGUAACCUGUCACACCUAACAUCACAAAGUAAAGGGAAUGCUACUAAGCUCCCUGUUGGAAAUGUGAAAUUAAAGUUACUAAAAGAACAGAUUCAAGCACCAGUGAAACAACUAGUUAAUUACAAAAUGGCACAUUCUUUUGGAAGUGAAAAGCCCAAGACUAAAAGAAAAGUUUGUGGACAGUGUGAGAACAAAGCUGCUCUCCUUGUAUGCCUGGAAUGUGGGGAAGACUAUUGCUCAGGAUGCUUUGCUAAAAUGCACCAGAAGGGGGCACUAAAGUUCCACAGAACAACUCUUAUACAGGCAAAAUCUCAAAUCUUAUCCAAUGUGUUAGAUGUUGCUCAUCAGUUUAUAAAGGAAGUAAAUCCACCUAAUGAAGGGAAUACUUCUACAGAAGCAUCCAGUAAAACUCAGAAGAAACCCAAAGCCCUACUUCUUCAGGAGAACAGCUCUGAGGUAGAAACUAGAACAGCAGAAGGAGGAGAAGGUGCAAAUUCAAAAUACAAUCCCUUGUAUGAAACAACUUUUGAUGAAGAAGCAUCUGCCCAGUCCUUCCGGGAAGCCUUAAAUCAGUGGAGAGCUGGACAUCAGGAGGAAAACACACAACAGAACUCACAUGCAACAAAACCAGUGUUUAUUUUUAUAGACUCAGUGGAAGAAUGUGAAGUACAAACUAAUUUGAAAAUUUGGACAGAACCAAUAAAUAUUGAAUUUACAGAAGACAGUCUGUCCUACAUGGAAAAAUUAUGGCUUAAAAAACACAGAAGAACUCCACAGGAGCAACUUAGGAACAUACUACCAAAUACAUUUCCACAUCCCCGUGAAGCUACUAUGGAGGAACAGAGCUCCCCGGAAGAAAAUGGUGCUGAUAGUGACGUUGAGGAGAUCAAAGUACAAUAUCCACCUCUUUUUAUGCCAGUAGAAAAAGUGAAUAUAGAGAGGCCUCCGCCAUCUCUAACAAUAGUAGAACUGGAUAGUACUCAUGAAGCAGAAUGUGAAGAACCAGAGAAUGCUGUGCCUUACAGAGUUGAAUUAGCUGAUGCAGAGAGUCAGUUAAGUUCUACAUUUCCUGAUUAUUGGAAUUGCUUUCCACGUGAAAAUGACAUCCAUCAGCACCUUGUUUUCAACAAGGGAACAAAAGACCUCUUAAGUUUUUGUUUGAGAACGAAUUCUGCAUACCAUAAGGAUGACUUCAAAGGAUCUUCAAAGACAGAUUUUGGCAAUACUGUGGAGUCUGGUAUUUAUUCUCGUGAGUUCAAAAAAAUAGAAGAAACCAGUUCUUUUGAACACAAUGUAACAGAAAAAAAUAUAGAUCCAGGAAACAACCAAAAUUCUGGUGAUUCCUGUACGUCAUUUUGGAGCAAGGGUUCCUUGACAACUGUAGAUUUAGAUACAUCGUUCAUUGAGGAGAAUUCAUCUCAAGACACUAGCACAUCCUUGGAAUGCAGCAAUCUGAAAGAGAGGCCAAACUUGGAAGAUUCAAAAACUACAAAGUCACCACCGCUGUUGCAAGAAAUAGCCCUCAGAAAAAAACCUAUAAAUGAGCGAUAUCAAGGGCUUGAGAAGUUCUUUGCUCCUGAUACAAAUGAAAGAUUCGACUCCCACCCUUCACCAAACAUGGGAUGCAGCCAUUCAUGUUCCAGCAUAACAUUCACAGAAGACAAAGUGUGGAUCCCAGACAGCAGCUUAAGUGGGCAUGCUGGUAGUGCAGUUGCCUUGUAUGAUCAGCAGAGUGCUGAAAAUCCACUUCCAAAUAUGCAAGUGCAGAAGACAGGCCAGAAGUCACAGAGACCUUCCACAGCAAACUUCCCUGUUUCCAACUCUGCUCGAAAAGUCUCCAGCUGCUGGGUGUCCUCUUCUCCCAGACCAAGGAGUGUGGCCACUCAAUCCCUAUCCAGAGCUGCUUCUGAAAUUUCAGAAAUUGAAUACAUAGAUGUCACUGACCAGAAUGAGCCUUUCCUAGAUAACACUGAAGAUCAACAAGCCUUAGACAAUUUGGAGAAAGAAUUAAAUGUACUGAGAAACCUUACAGAUCCUUCAGAACAACUUCAAAGUCUACCCUCAGAAGAUUUACAGACCUUCACCCACCAUCCUCUGAACUUUAGUCAGAUGUCCGAAGACCUCCUUGAGAUGUCCUGUGAGAAUGAUGCCUGUAAGAUUGAGUUCAGCUCUUCUGGAAGAAACACGGAAAUGCAAUCUUUGCUGUCACUUGGUGACUACAGUACAGAUGAGGAAGAGGAAGAUUUUCUUGUUAAGCAAUGUAUCACUACACUACCAUGGGCGAAGAACAUGUAACAGUUCAUUACUUCUCCAUUUUGUACCCAGAAUAAACCAAGCAACUGAGUGAUUAA